CAGAUUUUCACUUUGACUAUGCAGGGAAAUGAUCAGAACUUAAACUGAACAUGAAGUUGCUUAUGUUAAUUUUUGUGGCUGUAAUUCUAGUAAUAUCAGAUGGGUUGAUUGUGCACGGUCCCUCUGCUCCUCUGGUGGCUCCUCUGGGAUCUUCAGUGGUUUUGCCCUGUUAUGUUGAUAAACCUUUACCAGUGGAGGAUCUGGAGCUGGAAUGGAGAAGAGCAGACUCAGAGACUUUAGUUUAUCUGUAUCAAGAUGGUGAGAGUCAAACAGAAGCCCAGCAGCAUGAUUAUCAUGAUAGAGCUCAUUUCUUUACUGAUGAGAUUCAACAUGGAAACUUCUCCCUCUAUCUGGACAAUCUGAGAGCUGAAGAUGAGGGACGAUACACAUGUAGAGUUUACAGUCAGCAGGAUUCUGGAGAAACUGUGGUUGAAAUAAAAUAUGUUGUACGUUUGCUGGUGUCAGGAUCAAAACACUCCAUAUCUGCAUCUGUGGGUGAAGACGUCACUCUGAACUGCUCUGUAGACUCUCGUAUCCCAUCUGAAGACAUUGAAGUUUCAUGGAAGAAAACAAAUGAAAAGAUUCAGGUUCUGCUCUACCAGAACAAUGAGACUUUUCCAGAUUCAGCAGAUGAGCAAUACAGAGACAGAGUUGAGUUCUUCACUGCUGAAAUUCCCAAAGGAAACUUCUCUCUUAGACUGAAGAGUAUCAGAACUGAGGAUAUCGGAGUUUACAUGUGUGAGGUGUUGGCUGGAGGACUUUCAGCUAAUGCAACUGCAGUACUGGAACAACUGGGUGAGUCCUAAUGGAUACAUAAAUAAAUACAUAAUAAUUGGGACCUAAAGUAACAAACUACUUUUUGUUGUUUUGUCAUGUUUAGUUUACAGUGCUUUGAAACUAUUCUGAUAACCAAUUUAUGUCUGUA